AUGAUUCCUUCCUACCCUGCCACAUCAGCGGUUUCUGUCUAUGAGCGAGAGAAGACCAUUGCUCCAGUUGAAGGAGAGGCCAGCAAAGGCAAAGAAAAGAUGGAGAAAGGAGAGCUGAGGCAGAAGAUCGAGGAGAUCCUGGCUGUUGUGCCCCAAGAGAUGGAGAGCUGGACCAGGGAAUCCAAGCCGGAGCCCAGUUCCCAGGGGGUGGCCCCGGCAGAAGGCUUCCUCCAGAGCCAGGCAUGGGCCGUGAAGCAGGAAGAGCAGAGGCCUUCGGAAGGAGCAGCAGAGGCUCCAGCAGCGCCGUGGCAGAGAUUAAUUUUGGAGGAGGUCAAGAAGGAGAGCGAUGGAAGCGCCGCUUUACUGGGCGCUGGAAGGACACUAGAUGGAUAUUCUGGGCCUUCCCUUGACUGGGAAGCAGCAGUCAUGCCAUCUGUGCAGCUAGAUCAGGUUCUGGUGACCUUUGAGGAUGUGUCUGUGGAUUUCUCGGAGGAGGAGUGGGCGCUGCUGGAUCCGGGCCAAAGGGCUCUGCACAGGGAAGUCACAGAGGAGAAUUACGGGAACCUGGCCUCUCUCGGGCUUGUGAUUCCCAAACUUGAGCAGGCUUCCUGGCUGGAGGAAGGGGAAGAUCCAUUUGGACAGGUCUCCGUGGAGGAAGAGAGAUUGACAGGGCAGAAAAGCAAGGGAAGAGAAGAAGAACAGAAAAGAGAAAUGGAAGAAAAGCAGAUGUGGAGGGAGGAAUCUGCCGCUUCUGAGAGUGCCAGCCGCCUGGGAAUUGCAAUGCAACAAGAAAUUCACAGAGAACGGGAAAAGAUUACAUUCCCUCUGUGGGAAGACUUCUUAAUUGGACCGUCGGACCCCAGCAUACAACAGAGCAGGGCAAAUGAGGAGGAACUGUUGAAACUGACAGAGUGUAAGAACUUCAUUCUGAGUAAAACUUUUACGUUUCAUAAAAGAUUGUACACAGAGAAGAAGGUGCACAGAUGCUCAGAGUGUGGAAAGAGCUUCAUCAGGAAGGACCACUUCACUGCACAUCAGAGAACACACACUGGAGAGAAACCCUAUAAAUGCUCAGUGUGUGAAAAGACUUUUAGCCAUUACUCUACCCUGAAUUCCCAUCAGAGAAUCCAUACUGAGGAGAAACCAUAUAAAUGUAUAGAAUGUGGCAAGAGUUUUAAUGACAGCUCAAGUUUUAAUUCCCAUCAGAGAAUCCACACGGGAGGGAAACUGUACAGAUGCUCAGAGUGUGGAAAAAGCUUCAUUAACUCCUCAAUUGGGUUAGGCCCACAGAGCCGGACCCUGUAUCAUCUUCCCGUGAGAGUGCAGCUGGGUUCAGGCAAGCCUAAGGAGCUGAAACGCAUCAGCCUCGCCUCCCUCUCGGGUCCUGAAGGGUUCAGUCGCAGCGCUUGGAAUGCAAACCUGGGUGGGGAGUCCUCCUCACCCUUGCAGUUCUUCCCCAUAACACCUCCGGACUCUUGGCAGCAGGUCUUAACUUUGAUGGCCAAAGAGCCCGGAUUCGCCACACGGGCAGUUUUGGACUUGGUCACCUCCCCGAGGAAUAUGCAGCCGGAUCCGCAGGCGAUGAGGCUGAAUCAGCGUGGACACCUUAAUUCCCACCAAAAAAUUCACACAUGGGAGAAACCUUAUAAAUGCUUGGAGUGUGGGAAAAGCUUCAGUCGAAGGGGAAGCCUUACUUGCCAUCAAAGGAUUCAUACAGGUAGCAGCACAAAGAUCCCCUUGGCUGUUUUUCUGCUCUCUCCUCCGUGUGGUGAAAGGAAAAGACCAGCCAUGCAGCCAGCACAGGGCUGGGUGUCCUUCGAAGAGGUGGCUGUGCAUUUCACCUGGGGGGAGUGGAGCCUGCUGAGCCCGGCUCAGAGAGCCCUGUACAAGGAAGUCAUGCUGGAGAAUUUUGGGAACGUGGCCUCUCUGGGAGGCCUGUGGGGGUCAGCGAACAAAACAUUCGUGCAUCCAGUGAUAGGUAAAGUGGAUACAUAUUCAGAUAUGAAAGAGAAGGUUACAUAUUGUGAUACCAUGAGGAAGGACGAGAGAAAACAUCCAUCUAAAGGAAGGAGUAAUUCUGAUCUUUUACAAGAUGAAAACGGUCAUGAAAUCCCACUACUUGAAAAAAUGUACGUAGAAGGCAAUAGAAAUGAAGGCACAACGAGUGGGGAGAAAGUUUCUGAAAAAUCAAAUAUUAACAUACAUUGGAAAAGAUAUAAAUACCUGGAGUAUGGAAAAAAUUUGAGUCAAAGUGGAAACCUUAAUUUCCAACAAAGAAUUCACACAGGGGAGAAGCCUUAUAAAUGCGUGGAAUGUGGGAAAAGCUUCACUCGGAGGGGAAGCCUUACUCGCCAUCAAAGAAUGCACACAGGUGAGAAACCAUAUAAAUGCCCAGAGUGUGGCAAAAGCUUCAGGCAGAGUGGAUACCUUAAUUCCCACCAAAGAACUCACACUGGAGAGAAGCCAUAUAAAUGUCCAGAGUGUGGAAAAGGCUUCAGUA